ACUUGACGUUCGCAGUUGCAGUUCAGUUGCCGUUCGUCGUUUAAUGUUAACCUAAAGUAACUAUAUGGCGCUAUUUAUAAACAUCGUUGCCGCUGCAGUUGCAGUUUCGGAUAACGUUCCUGCCGUUCAAGACAUGACCAUCUUUUAAGUUCGUCGUUCGCCGUUCAACAUCCAGCCAAUAAGAUGCUUCCAAAAAUUGACAUUCUCUAACCCGUUCUGACCUACUUUAUAACGGUGUACAAGAACUACACUACAGUGUAUUCAGUAUUGUCAUUUAUCAUGUAUAUAUAAAUAGAGAAGUUUGAUUGUUUAUUUAAUUAUUUAUUUAAUUAAUUCCAAUGGGAGACGCAGGUAAGGUGUCCAUUUUAUUAAUCACAUAUGCAUAAUUUCGACAAUUUCAGACCAAACCGACGUUACAGGUCUUCUAAUUGAAUUAAUUCAAAAUUAUGAAUUUUUGUAUGAUCUCUCCCACAAAGAGUACAAAAACGCAAAAAAAAGGAAGAUGCAUGGAAGGAGAUUUCAGAAAUAACCAGAUGCAGUGUGGAAGAUUGUAUGAAGCUGUGGAAGAACGUACGAGACCGGUUUACCCGAGAGAAAAGAUUAAAACCAUCUGGCUCAGGAGGAGGCGACACCAAUUGGGUGUACUCUGAAAAGAUGUCGUUUUACAGUAAAUGUACCCGGCCCAGAAAAACGCAUACUGCAACAGUCGCAGUGGUCCAUGACGGAUCUCCCUCUUCAUCCCGAACAUCGUCCCGAUCGUCAGGGUGGUCCGGGAUCGAGACAAUUUUAUCACCGCAAUCGGAGGGCGACAUUGAGGAGAUUAUGGAACAAACCAUUACUCCGGAAAGAGGAGCAGAAGCUAGUGGGACCUCGAGCCAUGCAUCUGAAACUCGACAAAGCCAAAAAGGCAGUAAAUCGAAACGAAGCCUGGAAUUCGAUGAGGUGAUAAAUACAGCGAAACAAAUUGCUAGUACUCUUCAGGCGAAGGCAGCUGCACCACCACCUGAACAAAACCGGACCUUUACAGAGUAUGUUUUUACUCGUUUAAUGGAGAUGCCUCCCGAAGAGGCCAAAGAAAAACGAAAAAAAAUGUUAAAAAUUUUAGAGGAUUUAGAUUAAUUUAUUAUUGGUGUAAAUAGGUAGAAUAGUAUAAAACAUAGUUUAAGGUUAAGAUUAAGAAUUUAUAAUAUUAGAUGUA